AUGUUUUUACAGAAAAUAUACGAAGCUCAGAAGUGCGAUGACGAGUUGCUAGCUAAAUGGGCACAGAGUGAGUUGACUUCUGAUUCAGGAUUUCAUAUAGGACCCGAUGAUUCCUUAUUAUUCAGAGAUAGAACUUGUGUACCAAAGAAUGCACAGCUCAUUCGGGGAAUCUUGCACAAAGCUCAUAGUGGUAGCUUGUCUGUUCAUCCGAGAAUAUGUCAGCAAGUUAAAGCUGAACAUCAGGUGCCUUCAGGGUUAUUACAGCCAGUGAUGAUACCGGAGUGGAAAUAUGAUUGGGUUACUAUAGAUUUUGUAUCGGGUUUACCCCUAUCUCUGAGAAAGAAAGAUGUCAUUUGGGUUAUUGUUGAUCGUUUGACAAAGUAA